AUGGCCAACACUACACAAGUUGUCACUUAUAUGCAGCAACCACCUCAACAAGUAGUACCACGUCAAAUGCAGCCUAGAUCACCUCCCAAGAUAUAUCAAUUACCCGAACGAAUGAAAAAGGGUUCUUUUUACUUAGGUAUUAUUAUGCUUGUCUACGGCAUAACUUCCUUAGCUUGGGGGUGUAUUGGCUAUGCACUUGUUGAUUAUCGUUUCUUCAUCCUAAGUACUGGCAUAAACAUAGUUAGCGGAGUCUUUUUUGUUAUGGCCGGCACAUUUGGGAUUCUGACAUACAAAAUCACCAUUAACCCUCAUUUGAUGCAUACUUAUUAUGCUUUUACCCUGCUUUCGUUUGCGGCAGCAAUCUUUCAGCUUACGUUCAGUUGCAUUUCAUAUGCCUACAUACAUUACUUUUCCAAUAGCUUAAGUAUUCAAGCUAAUUCAGUUUUUUGCUUUCUAGUACAAGUCAUGAACCCUGCUGGAUAUCAUCAACCAGUAAUGAUGACACCAAUAAAUAUGCCUGUAUCUGGAGUUGUUUAUUAUAACACAGGAGUAGCACCGGGCGUUGGUAGCCCUGGCAUUCAAAUGAUAUCCCAGCAACAAAUAUUGCAACAACAAAUAGCACCACAGCCACCACAACAGCCACCACAACAGCCACCACAACAGCCACCACAACCGCCACCACAACCGCCACCACAACAGCAACCGCAAGGGCAAUCACUGCUAGGAGAGCCACCAAAACAUAAACUACAACCUUUGCCAGACAUAAGAAAAUAA